GUGUAACAUGUUUCUGGCAUUGUACACACCUAUGGCACUCAGCUUGUAUUUCUACAGACAUUCCUUAUCUCAGUGAGCUCCUCUGCAAUGCCUGAACCCCACAGGGACUCGAAAAAUACUUCACGCAGGAGCACUUACGGUAGUGCUGCAAAUAGCGUUAAUGCAAUGAAAGAUCAAGUAGUGGCGGCUACUGUCGGGAAUGUGGAUUUACUUCAGAUAGGUAUGAAUACCGCUGGCGGCAAACUCAAAGCGGACAAGGAGGGAUUCACCGCCUUGCACAGAGCUGCCCAGUAUUGCAGGCUCCCGUGCUUACAACUCUUAGUGGAAGAUUACGGUGUUAAUGUAAACCUGCCCACCCAUUCUGGACUGACACCUCUUCACCUGGUUUUAAGUGAGAAAGGAGGAUCUCAGGUGCUCACAUGUGCCCAGUAUCUCAUAAAACAUGGUGCCGAUGUCAACGUACUUGGGAAAGACAAUGCGACUCCCCUUCACUUGGCUGCUAGUAAGGGGCUGAAGGAGUGCAUCGUGAUGUUGGUGGGAUCCGGGGCUGAUCUUCACGCUAAAGAUUCACGUGGGUUUAAACCCAUUGACUGGUGUACAAUCUACUGCCAUUUAGUCUGUGCAAGGUUCCUACGCGAUGCCAUGUGGAAGAAGGAUAAAGAAGACUAUGCCCGAGGGGUGAAGAAAUUGGAAAAAAUUAAAGAAAAAAUAUAUGAAGAAGAAAAAGAUGCACGUUUGCAAAUAAAGAAAGAAGAGGACAGUGUUUGUCAAAAGAAGUUUUAUGCUUGGAUAGACACAAAGGGAUUUCCUGAACGCUUAAAAGAGAAGUUUGGUUGCAGAGCAGAUGUCUUAGCAGAGUCAAGGCAUCUUCAUGACUGCUCAAAAACAUCUUCUAAUGGACGUCAACAUGAACUAAGCCAUUCUUCAGAGCAGAGUGAAAUGGACUUUAAAAAGAAGUGUGGGACAAACAAAGUACACCGCUCUAAAAAGACAGACCAAGUGCAAACAACAGUGAAAGGACAAAUGCGAAAUGAAAGGAAACAUGUAUCUGCCAAACGUGUUUGGAAUCCAAGUGUCAAUCCUUCAAUGACACCAACUACCAAAAUUACGAGAGCUCCAACAGUUAGAUUGGGCGUCCAGCCUGAAGAAGCCAAGACAGAGGACUUAAGCCCUUAUGUAUCACUCACAAAAGAUGAAAAUGGAAAUUUAAAUAUUAAGACAAUUACAGGAAUGAUUAGCUCUUUGCCUCACAAUUUACCAUAUGAGACUGUAAAGAAGAGCCUUUUUCCAGAUAUCAUUCCACAAGAGAGGGUUCGAGUGCCACAGGAUUUCCAAGCAAUUCAUGUUUUUGAUUUGCCCAAAAAGAAUCAGCCCUCCAGUGGUCGACGAUACCAGUCAGAGAUGGUUUUCCAUCUGCGACAAAAUCUUGACCCCAAGCUUAAGAUAGCUUAAUAUCAGAGCUCUUUCAUGAAGCUAAAGGAACACUCUAAGCACCAUAACCCCUACAACUUGCUGUUGUGCUUAUGGUACUAGGAGUGCCCUUGCUCCCUCUGAGUGUCAGUAGACAAGCUGUUUAACCAUUUAAUAGUUUCCCAACAUACCUGGGGUCUGAUGGGCUGCUGCAAAGAUCCACUGAUAGUUAAGCCCUGCCAUGCCAUAAGAGCACCUCACGGCCGAUGAGCUAACCUCAUUAUUGCUGGGCUUUACUCUAUGCAGAACCUAGGAAAAUUGGCAAACCGUUCCAAAACAGUUCGGCUACUUAACACUGGAAGGAUACUAGGGCACUUCUGACAUCAUAACCACUGUAGUAGUUAUGGUGCUCAGAGUGUUUCUUUAACUUGCGUUCCAAUCAUCCCACAUUCAGAUAUGGAUUCAGAACGGUUGGGCGGGCUUUCAGGGGGCAUUUUCAGUGAAACAACAUGUUUCUCUGGUGAUGCUCAUAAUGAGCAAGCCUGUAUGGUAAGUUGACACUCCUGUUCGCUGAAGGGGUGAAUAAAGCUGGCAUCAAGCACGC